UGGAUUGACAGGUUAAAGAAAGAAGGAAUGCUGGGUCAGGUGUGUUCUGAGCAAGUUUUAGUCCCAUUGGGUGUGUACACAACGCACACUCUGGUUGGGCUGGUGUGGGACUGGAUGACGGAAGGAUCUCUAGAUUCACUACUGCAUGAGGCAGACAUGUUUCCAGAGCUUUCAAUGGCUCUUUGUCUUCGGAUCCUUUUGGACGUUUCUAAAGGUUUAGCUCAUCUCCAUGCCAUCCCUCUGCCUCAUGGAGCCCUGAAAGCCACUAAUGUUCUUCUCGACCCACAGUACUGUGCCAAGUUGUGUGACUGGGGUCAAGAGAUAGACUUGCACUUGAGCACCUCUGAUGGCCGUGGACCAUGUUACAGAGAUCUGGCCUAUGUGUCACCUGAAGUCAUACAAGGUGCUGUUCCUUCUGUAGAGGCUGACAUAUAUAGUUUUGGGGUUCUUCUGUGGGAAACGUUGAAUAGAAAGCGUCCGUGUGAAGGUAUGUUAUCUCUCCCACCAU